GUACAGGGGGUUGCUGGGCUCUUUUGUUUGGCGGAGGGCGGAUCGCGAGCGGCCAGGCCUGUGGCGCGGCGCCGACGGUAACGGUUCCCCGCCGACCUCCACCGCCUCAGCCCGGCCCGGCCGCCGCAGCGCGCAGCCCCCGCCCCCACGGCUCCGUUUCCCCCCGGGCAUCGUUGGCGAGGCUGUGAAAACAGCGUCGCCCUUAAGCUGAAAAACUGGCCAGCACAAUGGGAAAAAAGCAGAACAAGAAGAAAGUGGAGGAGGUCUUAGAGGAAGAAGAGGAGGAAUAUGUGGUGGAGAAGGUCCUAGACCGGCGAGUGGUGAAAGGCAAAGUGGAGUAUCUGCUGAAGUGGAAAGGCUUCUCGGACGAGGAUAACACAUGGGAGCCGGAGGAGAAUCUCGACUGCCCCGACCUCAUUGCAGAGUUUCUCCAGUCCCAGAAAACCGCACACGAGAGUGAGAAAUCUGAGGGGAGUAAACGCAAAGCCGAAUCUGACACAGAGGACAGAGGGGAGGAGAGCAAACCAAAGAAGAAAAAGGAAGAGUCGGAGAAACCACGCGGCUUUGCCCGGGGGUUUGAACCUGAGCGGAUCAUCGGCGCCACAGAUUCCAGCGGGGAGCUCAUGUUCCUGAUGAAAUGGAAGAACUCUGAUGAGGCUGACCUGGUCCCCGCAAAGGAAGCCAACAUCAAGUGCCCCCAGGUGGUCAUCUCGUUCUAUGAGGAGAGACUGACAUGGCACUCUUACCCCUCGGAAGACGACGACAAGAAAGAGGACAAGAACUAACCCACGCCUGCUCUGGCCAACCUUUGUAUAAAGAUCAGACUGUGGGUUUGAGCGACAGUGAGAGAAUGCAGCUCUACUUAGCGGAGAGGUGGCUUGAGAAGAUGCCCUUUGAAGAGACAGUAUGGUUUCUGUGCCCUGCAGCUGCCCAAGUGUCCAGCUUCAAACCAGCCUGACAUGAGGGGGAGGGGGAGAUGUGUUUCAAGGCUGUUUCUGCAGCUUUCUGGAGAGGAAGUGAAAGCCCCUUCCAUGAAGAACUAUUGCUGGUGCUGGGGAAAGGGAGGGCAAAUGGAUACUGCUUGUUCUUCAAAGACCAUCUCAGCAACCCACAGCCUUCUUCCCAAUAGUGUUAACUCUGCAUUUUUACAGCGUAGCAUGUGUGUAGGUUUUUUCUUUUUGCUAUUACUGGUGUAUCAGUUUGG